CAUAAUUUUAGAAGGAAAAAAAAUAGCCUGUGUGUGCUUAACAGAACAUUACAUAGUAUUUAUUACCUGUUUAAAAAAAGGGGCAGUGGGAUAUUUCAUUGUUUUCUGAAAAUAACCAGACGUUUUAGGGUUAAUCUCGUUUGGUCCUCCAAGAACCCGGAAACAACAAUCUGACAGUUUGACUUCAUUUCGCCGGUCAUUGAACGAAGGUCCUUACAUAAAGGCACAAUGCCUGACCUUUGGCAGGAUGCCAUGGACCAUGCUGUGACAAUGGCCAGGAAAGCAGGAGAGAUUGUAAGGGAUGCUUUGCAGAAUGACCUGAAGAUCAUGUGCAAAAGCUCUUCUGUCGACCUGGUCACUAAAACAGACCAGAAUGUGGAGCAACUUAUAAUUACGUCAGUGAAGGAGAGGUUUCCUGAACACAGCUUCAUUGGUGAGGAGUCAGUGGCUGCAGGAGAACCUUGUGUUUUGACUGAAAACCCAACAUGGAUUGUUGACCCUGUGGAUGGGACCACUAACUUUGUGCAUGGAUAUCCAUUUGUUGCUAUUUCCAUUGGCUUUGCUGUCAACAAAAUGUUAGAGUUUGGUGUGGUUUAUAGCUGCAUAGAAGACAAGAUGUACACGGCUCGAAAAGGGAAGGGUGCAUUUUGCAACGGACAGCCGCUGCAAGUGUCGGACCAAAAAGAGAUUAACCAGUCAAUCAUCGCUACAGAGUUUGGCUCUAAUAGAGACCCUGAUGCCGUUGAGAAGAUUUUCUCUAGCAUGAGGAAAAUCUUAUGCCUGCCAGUUCAUGGGAUACGUGGCGUUGGAUCUGCUGCCAUCAACAUGUGCUUGGUAGCAUCUGGUUGUGUCGAGGCCUAUUAUGAGAUUGGGAUCCAUUGUUGGGAUGUGGCGGCUGCGGCAGUCAUAGUCUCAGAGGCAGGAGGGGUUCUCAUGGAUGUCGAAGGUGGCCCGAUGGAUCUCAUGUCUAGAAGAGUUUUGGCAGCUAAUAACAACAUAAUCGGAGAAAGACUCGUUAAAGAGAUUGAGGCUUUUUCAGCUGUUAGAGAUGAUGCACCUGUAAACCCUAUCAAAUAAACCUGGUUUUGAAGAAAUCUCCUGUGCUGUUGAAGUCUGGUACAUUAGUACAUUUGAAAUAAUAUUGAAUUUUUAUGUUGUGUAUGAUUUCUGUCUCACAAUGUUGAAAAAUGCAUUAUAGUUAUGUGUGCAAACGGUAAAUUACAAAUGACUAACAUUUCCCCGCGUUGAGCUACUAAAAGUCAAUAUUCAUUGUCACUCAAAUGUAUUUAAAGCAUUUUACAUGUAAUAUUGUAUAUUUUAUACACAAGUUCAAUGAGGUUCAUGAAUAACUUGAGACACAUUAUUUGUCUAUUUUAGAUAAUAGUUUCAAAUAAUGGCAACUUUUUUCAGUAGAAAGUAACUGAAGCCUGCUCUACGUUAUAUAUAACGUCAUAUAUAUUUAUUUAAUUAGCAUAUUUAUGGUGUCAUUAUGUUACGUAACAGCAUAGUGUUAGCUCUUAACUUUAGGUUGCUUCUCUCCUUUGCUCACAUGCUGCUAUAUUACAAUACAACCAAAUUCCCAAUAAACCAGCUGUUCCUUCCAAUCUGCGCUGAACUAAAAUCCUAAAUUCUGAUUGUGGCAAAAUAUCAGUGCUGGUACUACUAGAUCUUAGUGCUGCGUUUGACACUGUCAAUCAUAACAUACUUCUAGAGAGACUGGAAAACUGGGUUGGGCUUUCUGAGAUGGUACUCAAAUGGUUCAGGUCAUACUUAGAAGGGAGAGGUUAUUAUGUGAGUAUAGGAGAGCAUAAGUCUAAGUGGACGUCCAUGACAUGCGGAGUCCCACAAGGCUCAAUUCUUGCUUAGCCUCUUGUUUUGACCCACUAGGUCAAAUAAUGAGAAAGAACCAAAUUGCCUAACACAGAUGUGCUGAUGAUAUCCAGAUUUACCUAGACUUAUCUCCAAAUGACCAUUGCUCCAUUGACUCCCUCUACCAAUGCAUUGAUGAAAUUAACAGCUGGAUAUGCCAGAACGUUCUUCAGUUAAACAAGGAGAACUGAAAUCAUUGCAUUUGGAAACAAAGAUGAAGUUCUCAAGGUGAAUGUAUAACUUGACUUUAGGGGUCAAACAACUAAAAAUCAAGUCAGAAGUCUUGGGGUGAUUCUGGAGACAGACCUUAGUUUUAGUAGUCAUGUCAAAGCAGUAACUAAAUCAGCAUACUAUCAUCUCAAAAACAUUGCAAGAAUUAGAUGUUUUGUUUCCAGUCAAGACUUGGAGAAACUUGUUCAUGCCUUUAUCACCAGCAGGGUGGAUUAUUGUAAUGGUCUCCUCACCGGCCUUCCAAAGAAGACCAUUAGACAGCUGCAUCUCAUCCAGAACGCUGCUGCCAGGAUUCUGACUAGAACCAGAAAAUGUGAGCAUAUUACACCAGUCCUCAGGACCUUACACUGGCUUCCAGUUACAUUUAAGAUUGAUUUUAAAUCACUCAUUGGCCUAGGACCUAAAUGCAUUGCAGAUAUACUCACUGAAUAUAAACCUAACAGACCACUCAGAUCAUUAGGAUCGAGUCAGUUAGAAAUGCCAAGGGUUCACCCAAAACAAGUGGAGUCCGCUUUUAGCUAUUAUGCCACCCGCAGUUGGAAACAGCUUCCAGAAGAGAUCAGAUAAACAUAAAACAUUAGCCACAUUUAAAUCCAGACUCGAAACUCAUCUGUUCAGCUGUGUAUUUGUUGAGCACUGUGCUACUUCCGAACUGAUUGCACUGUUUUUAAAUUUCUGGUUUUAUUGUCGUUUACUUUUUAUGAUUAUUUUACUUCCUUUUAUGUAAAGCACUUUGAAUUACCAUUGUGUAUGAAAUGUGCUAUAUAAAUAAACUUGCCUUGCCUUUAAA